AGUAUUGUUCUCUUAUUCGGAUGGCUGGAUGCGUCACCCAGCCACCUUCAGAAAUAUGUCGAAGCUCAUCGGGAAAAUUUUCCAACCUCUACUAUUGUUCUCGUCAAAGCCUCUACAUCUUUCUACUGGACUUCCCAGUCUAAGAGGGAGUCUCUUCUCAUGCCUAUCGUUGACGUGAUCAAGUCCGCAAUGAGCGGGGGCCCUCGGGGAGGAUUUCAAUUCAUGACUCUGCGUAAGCUUCUUUCGAAGCUGGAAGCUUCAAGGACUGGGGCAUCUUCGUCUAUUAAAGCCCCCACCGCUAUGAUCCUCGACUCCGUUCCCGGGGACAAGGGCCUUCGGUCUGCCAUCGCAUCCUCUACCCCUUCUAACCCCCUCUUUCGCGUCCUUUCGAUCCCUCCAGUUGUCAUCUUAUAUGCCUUAUUCUACGUCAUGAACGCAUGCGGAGGAAACCCUGCAUUCUAUCCUGAUCUCCGCGCAUCUCUCAACUCUCCAGUUCUCUUGCCUUCGGUAACCAUCACAGCGGAUUCCAAGGAUAUUCCCCGACUGUACGUCUACUCGCAUAAGGACAAGAUGAGUCUCGCAUCCGAUAUUGCGAGACAUGUAGCAGAUGCGGAGUCGAAGGGCUUCGAUGUAUCGGUCGAAAUCUAUGGGAAGACAGCACAUGUAUCUCAUGCACGCAGCGAUCCUGACAGGUACUGGGGAGCGAUCAGGGACAUCUGGUCCAAAGCCUUGGCCACGUAUUCGAGUGCGGCGCUUUAG